AUGACCGAGGCAGUCGCAAAUGAGCAUAUUAGCAGCUGGCGAACAGAAGCCAAUGGCCAUCUGUCGGAGGAUGCGAGCGGCGACAAGAAGACGGACUAUUCCAGGUGGAGAUUGCACGACAACGACGGCCGCCUGACAUGGCGCUAUCUAGAAUCUGACGAUGACAAUGAGAAAUGGCCACAGACUUUUUACGACAAGUAUAAUCUCGGGCUUCCAACAGGCGCGCCCGAACUGCCAAAAGCAAAAUCUCCCUUGGAAGCAGCAGCGAAUGGCCUUGAAUUUUUCUCCAAGUUGCAAAUGCCAACUGGGCACUGGGCUUGCGAGUAUGGUGGGCCAAUGUUCCUCUUGCCAGGCAUAGUCAUCACUUGGUAUGUGACCAACACGCCCAUACCUCCUGAGUACGCUGUGGAGAUCAAGAGAUAUCUUUUUGCACGGCAAAAUCCAGACGAUGGUGGCUGGGGGCUUCACAUCGAAGCCCAUAGCUCGGCAUUUGGUACUGUCAUGACCUAUGUGAUCCUGCGUCUGCUUGGUGCGAGUGAAGAAGAUCCUCGCUUGGUUAAAGCGCGUGGGCUCGUUCAUAAGUUUGGGGGCGCAUUGUAUGGACCACAUUGGGCAAAAUUCUGGCUUUCUAUCCUGGGCGUUAUGGAUUGGGAUUGUGUCAAUCCUGUCCCACCUGAGAUUUGGCUACUUCCAGACUGGGUACCAAUUGCCCCUUGGAGAUGGUGGAUUCACAUGCGAAUGGUUUUUCUGCCGAUGUCAUACUUGUGGUCCAAGAGAUGGAGUUUCCCACAGAAUGCGUUGACAAAGCAACUCCGGGCCGAGAUAUACACGCAGGCUUAUGAAAGUAUUGAUUUUGCUUCUCAUCGAAGCUCUAUUGCUAAAGAGGAUAAUUAUUAUCCAAAGACGUGGUUGCUCAACACCAUGAAUUGGAUGUUGUCCAAUGUAUGGACCCCUGUGAUUCGUUGGUCUUCGCUGGUGAGGAGGGCCGAAGACUGGGUGUGGGAGUUAAUACAGAUGGAAGAUAAGAAUACGGACUAUGCAGGCCUUGCUCCUGUGAAUAAUCCAAUGAACUUUGUCGCAUGCUAUGUCCACGAUGGUGAGGGUAGCUACUCGGUGAAGAAACAUCGCGAGGCGCUGCAUGAAUACCUAUGGAUGAAGAACGAGGGGAUGCUUUGCAACGGUACAAAUGGAGUACAGGUUUGGGACACGGCAUUUAUUACACAGGCUAUCUCAGUGGCUGGCUUCGCGAAAGAUCCGAAAUGGCAACCGAUGCUUACCAAAGCUCUUGAGUUUCUGGAUAAUCAUCAACUCCGAGAGAAUGUACCGGAUCAAGAAAAGUGUUACCGCCAACAUAGGAAAGGAGCUUGGCCGUUCAGUAAUAAGACCCAGGGGUAUACGGUCAGCGAUUGCACUGCAGAGGGUCUUCGGUCGUCUUUGCAGCUUCAAGAGAUAUACGGAUAUCCCAAGCUCAUAUCUGACGAUCGUUUGAAAGACUCCGUUGAUUGCCUCCUAUUGAUGCAAAACGAUACUGGCGGCUUUAGUGAGUAUGAAAUUAGACGGGGCUCGCCCUUGUUAGAAUGGCUUAAUGCAGCAGAGGUUUUCGGGGGAAUCAUGAUCAGCUACGACCACGUCGAAUGCACAACUGCAUCUAUCACUGCAUUGUCCCUUUUCAGCAAGUUCUAUCCAGAUUACCGAGUCGAAGAAAUCAAAGCUGCAAAGCAUAAGGCCGUGCAAUACAUUAAGCGCGCUCAAAAGGAAGAUGGAAGCUGGUAUGGCGCAUGGGGCAUUUGCUUCACGUAUGCGGCCAUGUUUGCGCUUGAGAGUCUUUCUAGCAUCGGAGAAACUUACGCUACCAGUGAAUAUUCACGUCGAGGAUGUGAAUUUUUAUUGGACAAACAAAAAGCUGACGGCGGUUGGGGAGAGUCGUACCUUAGCAGUGAAAGGCACGUCUACACCCAACAUGAAAUAUCCCAAGUUGUACAGACAGCUUGGGCUUGCUUAGCUCUAAUGGAAGCCGAAUACCCGGACCCGGAACCUAUUCGCAGAGGAAUCAAGCUUCUGAUGUCCCGGCAACAAGCGAAUGGAGAGUGGCUUCAGGAAGCAAUCGAAGGUGUUUUCAACAUGUCCUGUAUGAUUUCAUACCCCAACUACAAGUUCUACUGGCCCAUCCGAGCAUUAGGUCUGUUUGCACAGAAAUUCGGUAACGAGGCGCUCCUGUAA